AGCAGGAGGAGAACGGCCCCGGAGCGGAGCAGUCACCCCCUGGCCAUGCUUCGGUGAGGGGCGCGGACUUCGAGGGCAACUUGCCGCGGACUGCCGGGGCUCAGCCAGCGAGCUGCCAGCUGCACGGCUUGACCUGGAGGAGGGGCUAUCGUCUAUGUCUUCUUGGGGCGCCAGGCGAAUCGGGGUCUCGCUUCUGCAGAAAGAGCCCAGCUCCGGCGGCUUCAGGUGGCUGGCACCGCGGCCGCGGCUACUAGAGCUGAUUCCGCCGGGGGUCCGCGGAGCAGAGACUCGGGAACCGGGAGACCUCGUAGGCAGCGAGGCAUCGGACAUGUGUCAGCACAUCUGGGGCGCACAUCCGUCGAGCCCGAGGGGAGCUCUGCCUGAACAAUUCAAACUGCGAUAUUGAUCUUGGGGGUGACCGUCCCUGGCCGGCUGUCGGGUGGGAGUGCGAGUGUGCGCUCGCCCGCUCGGGAGUGUGCGCGCGUGUGUAUGUGUGUGCCGCGUCGGGCUCUCCCCUUCCCCCCUGUUUUCCCGUCGAGUGAUGCACUUGGAAUGAGAAUCAGAGGAUGGAAAUAGUGUGGGAGGUGCUUUUUCUUCUUCAAGCCAAUUUCAUCGUCUGCAUAUCAGCUCAACAGAAUUCACCAAAAAUCCAUGAGGGCUGGUGGGCAUACAAAGAAGUGGUCCAGGGAAGCUUUGUUCCAGUUCCUUCUUUCUGGGGAUUGGUGAACUCAGCGUGGAACCUCUGCUCUGUGGGGAAACGACAGUCGCCCGUCAACAUAGAGACCAGUCACAUGAUCUUCGACCCCUUUCUGACACCCCUUCGCAUCAAUACUGGGGGAAGGAAGGUCAGCGGGACCAUGUACAACACUGGAAGGCACGUGUCCCUUCGCCUGGACAAGGAGCACUUGGUCAACAUUUCAGGAGGGCCCAUGACAUACAGCCACCGGCUGGAGGAGAUCCGGUUACAUUUUGGAAGUGAGGACAGCCAAGGAUCAGAGCACCUCCUCAAUGGACAGGCCUUCUCUGGAGAGGUGCAGCUCAUCCACUAUAACCAUGAGUUAUAUACAAAUGUCACAGAAGCUGCAAAGAGCCCAAAUGGAUUGGUGGUAGUUUCUAUAUUUAUAAAAGUUGCUGAUUCAUCAAACCCGUUUCUUAAUCGAAUGCUCAACAGAGAUACCAUCACAAGAAUAACAUAUAAAAACGAUGCAUAUUUACUACAGGGACUAAAUAUAGAGGAAUUAUAUCCAGAGACCUCUAGUUUCAUUACUUAUGAUGGGUCAAUGACCAUCCCCCCCUGCUAUGAGACAGCAAGUUGGAUAAUAAUGAACAAGCCUGUCUAUAUAACCAGGAUGCAGAUGCAUUCCUUACGUCUACUGAGCCAGAAUCAGCCAUCUCAGAUCUUUCUGAGCAUGAGUGACAACUUCAGGCCUGUCCAGCCACUCAAUAACCGUUGCAUCCGCACCAACAUCAACUUCAGUUUACAGGGGAAAGACUGUCCCAACAACCGAGCCCAGAAGCUUCAGUAUAGAGUAAAUGAGUGGCUCCUCAAGUAA